CUUUGUUCAUCAAACAAAGAAAUAACAAACACUUUCAUCUUCUUCUUUCUUGUUUGUACUCUAAUUCUUGCAAUCUUCGACAAUGAAGGACAAGUUUUCGACCACUAUUCUGCAAAGCGAACAACUCUCUAAGUAUCUCCUAGAAACAAGCGCGUAUCCCAGAGAGAACGAACAACUCAAAGAACUCAGGAAAGCAACUGUGGACAAGUAUCAGUAUUGGAGCCUGAUGAAUGUGCCUGCAGAUGAAGGCCAAUUACUAUCAAUGCUAUUGAAACUGAUGAAUGCAAAGAAAACAAUUGAAGUUGGAGUGUUUACUGGUUACUCACUUCUUUCAACUGCUCUUGCUCUUCCAGAUGAUGGCAAAAUUAUUGCCAUUGAUCCAGAUAGAGAAGCAUUUGAGACUGGGUUGCCAUUUAUUCAGAAGGCAAACAUGACCCAUAAAAUCCAAUAUAUUCAGUCUGAUGCCACCACAGUUAUGAACAAGUUCUUGGCUAAUGGAGAAGAAGGGACGUUCGAUUUUGCAUUUGUGGACGCGGAUAAGGAAAACUACGUAAACUACCACGAGCAGCUGUUAAAGCUAGUAAAAGUUGGAGGGAUUAUAGCUUAUGAUAACACACUAUGGGCUGGUACAGUAGCAUUAUCUGAGGAUGAAGAAAUGCUUGAAUACUUAAAGGGAUGCAGAGGCGAUAUAAUGAAACUCAAUACUUUUUUAGCAGCUGAUUCUCGUAUUGAAUUGGCUCAACUUUCUAUUGGAGAUGGCCUCACUCUCUGCAAGAGGCUGGCUUAAAUAAAUAGCUCCAAUAAAAAUAAUUAUUAAUUAUUGGAGUGUUAUUGUUAUAUUUUAUGUGUGUGUUUAUGUGUAUGUAUACAUUCAUGUUGCAAUUUAAAGUUUAUGUUGUGUGUGCUAAUGCCUGAAGUUGUUGGUCAUUUUCUUGGAUUAAGGAUUGCCACUGUUUCUCACGUUGUUGUUUGAUGAUGCAAAUGUAUAUAGAAAGAAGGGACAAGUUGUUGUUUAUUGAAAAUUUUAAUUGUUAA